AUGGCACCAAAAGGCCCAUACAAGCUCGUUACGGUAAACAAAGUUCCAGCCCGAGCAAAGAUUCUCAUCGGAAGAGUGAUCGAAGAUGUGAAGGAGGAAUAUACCAUUGAAUAUUUUAAGAACGCUGAACGAAUAGAAGAUGUAAAAACCAUGAUCGAACAGCAACAACCCGACGUCCUAUUCGUAGCCUCAAUGUGGACCAUCGAAGAAGCCGAUGAGAUUCAAUCCAUAGCCAAAUCCACAAAGCCGGGUAUUAAAACAAUGGCUAUUCCUCAUGGAUUACAGAUUGAAAAGGGUCCGGAUGCUGUGGUGGAGUUUUUGAAGGAGCAGUGGCCGGGGUUGGUUGGUUAG